AUGGACUUUCUCAAACCCAGAGCGCCCGCACCCAAGAUGCAGUCCGCAUCAGACGGUCCUCUUGUCUGGAUCGACUGUGAGAUGACCGGCUUGGACCCGGACAAGGAGGAAAUCAUUGAGAUCUUCUGCAUCAUCACAACUGGCAACCUAGAAGUCGUUGACCCCGAGGGCUGGGGCUGCGUGGUUCACCAGUCAGAAGAACGCAUGGCACAGAUGGACGACUGGUGCACCAAGACGCACGGAAACAGCGGCUUGACCGCGGCGGUUAUCAAGUCGACAACGACGCCGGAGCAAGCGGCGGACGAGCUUCUGGCGUACGUCAAGCGGCACGUCCCGGAGAAACGGACGGCGCUACUAGCCGGCAACAGCGUGCAUGCUGACCGGUCAUUCCUGGUCAAGGAGCCGUACCGGAAGGUCAUGGACCACCUUCACUACCGCAUCUUGGACGUGAGUUCCAUUAAGGAGGCGGCGAAACGGUGGGCCCCGACACAGGUGUUGGAUAACGUGCCUGUCAAGCAGGGGCUGCACCAGGCCAAGGAGGACAUCCUCGAGAGCAUUGCCGAAGCCAAGUACUACAGGGAGGCCAUUUUUGGAUUGACAUGGAGACGGGGUGACGGCAGCGCCCAGGAGACACCGUUGACCGAGACGGACGAGGACGAGGCUUGGGCAGACAACCUGCUGUAG